UACAACAGUUUAGGACUUUUAGAAAAACGUCUUUUCAAAGACAUAUCGUCACAUCUCUUGCAUAACCAUUCACUUGAAUCCAUACCUUAACACUAAAUCAAUCAUUAAUUAGUAAUUUGUUGUCAAAUAUCAUCACAAUUGCCUCCAAAGUGACCGACAAGUGAUCAGCAAAUGUCGUCAGUGAAGGCAAAAUCCGUCAAAAAUAGCCUCUCAGAUGACAUGAGUGGUUACAGCACUGGUACAGCCGAUUCUCCUACUCCUGGAAAACCAGAGGCUAAAAGGACGCCUCCAAUCAAAGCACAGGUUGGUCUGGCCCGUGGACCCGAUCUCAAGAAUGUUAAGUCAAAAAUUGGUUCAUUUGAUAACGUCAAACACAAACCCAGUGGAGGAGAGAAAAAGGUUGAGAGCCAGAAGCUUACGUGGAAUGUCAAACCAAGAGUCGGAUCACUUGAUAAUGCAAACCACAGACCACAUGGUGGUGAUGUCAAACUAGUUUCGCAAAAAUUAGAGUGGAAGGUGGCCUCCAAAGUUGGUUCAUUGGAUAAUGUGAAGCACGUGCCGGGCGGAGGACAGAUCAAGAUAUUUGACGAGAAGUACACUAAAAGUCCUGCAUCGACACCGACACCACUUUCAGGCACUGUAACGCCCACUCCAAACGGUAAAGAAAAUAGUGGAGACAUAUUGAAAACAUUGACCGGUGCGCGCAAAUCGGCCGAAAUGCUUGAAAUGAAAACUCCUUACAGAACUAAUUCGGGAACGCCAUCAUCGGCUACCGACUCCGAAUCGGUCACUUCGACUCCCAUUAGCUCUGCCUCAUCCAUGAGGACUGGCUCUUAGGGAUUGACAGUGUUUUAGACUAUCAUACUAUUUGUUAACUAUAUAUUCAUCUGUCAAAUAAAACAU